CUGCACGAUCACGGUGUGUUGAAUCUGGCAGGUGAGAAACUUCGUCUAGUUUAGGCAGUCUCGCAGAGAACUGAUAAAUGCGGCGUCGUGAAGUAGCAUUUCGUAGUCAUAGUUUGGUUUGUUAUUAGUUAUAGCGUUUGUCGGUCGGCAACGGUGCCGGGAGUUGAGGGGCGGUCCACUCCCAAAGGGGGAAAGCCACCAGAACAAUCAACAAUUGCGCAGAAAAGAAAAAGAAGAGAGGGGCUAAAGAUGGUUCGGUCCACGAGAUAGUGGCUCAUCCCGCAAACUACGGUGAGACUGUUCCGAGUUUCUUCGUUUUUUUGGGCCGUCAUCGUCCAUAGUUGGUGAACUAUCGUGUAGUAGUGCAGGAAAAAAACAUCGUAUUUGUUAUGUCUGUGAGUUGGCACUGACCCAAAUGAUGGACGAUGUCGACUCUCGUUCUCCGGAGUAUCCCCGUGUACGUAUACCUCGCAUACUUCACUUGCAUACAAUGCCAUACCAACGGCUUUACUUCGUCGGAUGUAGAACUCAUCGCUUCCAAAGACUCCCAAGAUCUCCCCCAGCCCACCGUAGGAUCAGCAGCCAGUUCACUACUGCGAGGCGUUUUGCUGCGCGCAACGCUUGGUCCUUGGUUGCCCUUGUCCCCAUCGAUCAUUCAUUUGCCGACUAGUUCCCCGCCAGUAGGGCUCCUCAGAAGGCUGGUUAAGCUAUGAUAGCCGGGCUGCUAGUGAGCAUCGGGCGGCUUCAAAAGGCCCCCUCCGUGUCCAUGCCGAUUAAUGCAAACCUGCUAAAUAGCGGCCUUAGAUGCCAGAUCGCAGUGUCGAUCAUGCCCCUCUUUCUGUCUCUCCUUCCGUAAUGUUAGUUUGGUUUCUCCAUCUACCGCCGCCAGUCUCGUUCGGGUGAAAUUGUUGAGCUACAUACUCCAUCUGGCGUUCACAUUAUGGAGUCAUGGAACCGAGUAUAAAGCUAGCCAGUUACUCCUACUCGAAGACUACUACACCGCCAGCCGGAAGAAUCUUUAUCUAUCUCGGCCGAACUAGAUAAUAAUUCAGCAGCCUCGAAUAUGUAGCUCGCCCUCCUAGGCAAGACAACGCGACAACACACACACCAUCAUACUACUGUAGCGAGUUUGAAAAAAAAAAAAAAAAAAAAAAAAAAAAAAAUACAAAGAAAAUUAUACUUUAUAUUGGUACAAAAAUCCCUCUUCCGACGGAACCAACCGCAAAACGUCUCGAGUAAGGCCCAUCCGACUCCAAACACAGAGAGAGAGAGAGAGAGAGAGAGAGAGGCUUUACCCGGCACAGGCCGGAAAGCACUUGGAAAGCCAAGUCCGGAUCGCCGAGUUUCAGGAUCCCCUGCAGCCAAUCAUGGCUCCAUCCGGACGAGAGGAUCGCGAGCGCCACACACCUCAUAGGUUGGGCGCUGUGAUUGUUCAUUCGAGCCUAGUUCGAUUUUUGUCGAGAAACCGGGCCAGGACCGGUUAGCGGCUUUGCGCGUGGUCUCUAAGGUCCUCGGAUAUGUACCGAGUUGAUGACGCCAAAAGGGGUCUAUGUUCGGUAGGAGGGCCAAAAAAAAGCACAAAGGAAACCUUAAGACCAUGACAUUUGUAGGCUGGGGCUGAUGCGACGGGACCUGACAGCACGGCGGAGACACUCCAAUCCCCAGGUACGCGGUGAAGAAGUGGAGUGCCAGAAAGGAAUGAAAAACAAUACGGUCGGGGAGGAGUGGUACACCGCGCAAUGCCAAGUCCGCGAUGGACGGAAGAGUUUGUUCCUUGUCAGCGCGGAUUUACGGCGCACCGCGGACCGAGUCCUGUCAAUGAUAAUCGGCACCGUCUACGAAGGAGACGGUCAAAAAGUAGGUUCGAGUAGUUUACUUCGAGCGUGCCACCACGUAAUCGCUCGAACCAUGGACUCGGGAAUGACUAUCAGGCAAAUCAGAGUUAUCUUCUGUUGAGUGUAUACCGUGCCCUUGAAUUAAGUUGGGAAUCAUUUAUGAUUAUUAGAAUUUUGAGUAUCGUGGUAUCGUUGACGUUGAAUGCAAUAAUCCGAAAAUAUUCAUAGAC